AUGGCCAGAGAGGAAUGCAAGGCGCUGCUAGACGCGCUCAACAAGACCACCGCUUGCUACCACCAUUUGGUGCUGACCGUCGGCGGCUCAGCGGACUCACAGAACCUGAGGGAGGAACUACAGAAGACCCGCCAGAAGGCGCGGGAGUUGGCGGUGACCACUGGUGCCCGGCUGACUGUUGCGCUGCGCAACCGGAGUCUGGCCGCGGAGGAUCGCGCGGAAUUUGAGCGCCUCUGGGUGGCCUUCUCUGGUUGUCUGGACAUACUGGAAGCCGACAUGCAACGCGCACUGGCGCUGGGAGCCGCGUUCCCGCUGCAUACGCCUCUGCGGCCACUUGUGCGCACCGGUGUAACUGGUGAUUCCUCCCGGGUAGCAGCUCGCGCCUUGAGUGCCCGCAGCCUAAGUCACCAGGCUGAACGCGAUUUCGACGUCUCAGAUCUGAAGGAGUUGGAGCGCGAGGUCCUUCUGGUGGGCGAGAUGAUCAACGACAUGGAAAUGAAAGUCAACGUGCCGCGUUGGACAGUACAGGCCCAGCAGACCGCGGGCGCCGAACUACUGUCCAGUAACAGCAUGGGCGCCUCCUCCGUCGGCGCCGUGUCUGUAGAAGAGCGCUCGAGAUCCUGCAACCCCAGCAAGGCCUUGGCUGCUACUCUUUUCAGCGCCGUGCUGCUGGCGGCUGUGGCCCUAGCCUUGAGCGUGGUAAAGCUAGGUUGA